UGUGUAACAGAGCUAAAGAUGAGCAACGAUGAUAAUCACGGAUCGUCUUCUUGUCCAAGAAAAUUUACGAGUUUGUAUAUAGCAAAUCUUGAUGCCCAAGUCUCUGAAGAAAUGUUGUUUCUGAUGUUUUCGGAUUUCGGAAAGGUUAUAAGAUCAGUUCUAGCAAAAGAUUUUAGAGGAGAGUCGCGAGGAUUUGCUUUCAUUGAGUUUGAAAGUGCGGAUAGUGCUGGACGAGCCAUGCUUCAUAUGGACGGAAGGUUAAUAGGUCAGAAGAUUCUAUGCGUUCAGAGGACACCCAAGGUCGAAGAUGGUCGAGACAUAUGAUCGUCUCACGUUGCGUUUAGGUUUUGUGCUAAAGAAACUUGUGAUUUGAGAAUUAUCCUUAAUUUCGACGGCCGGUAAAUUUUAUCACAUUACACAUUUUUACGCUAAACUUUCAAUUGGUUCUCGUUUGAUUCUUCCUAGAUAAUAAUCUCUCUCUGGUAACUUAAUGAAAUAGAGGUAUUUUUACAGUGUGACCACGUUUCCUUCAUUGUCGCUGUGUCAUUAUAACAAUAUCAUACACAAAAUGUCGUGUAGUUCAAAUGGUUUUUUUUUC